AUGAUAGAAAGUGUGUCGAGAAGGGCAUUCAGUGGUUCCAGCGGGACUUAUAAUGUGCACGCGUUAGAGCUGGCCGCCGCGAAGGAAAGAAAGCUCAAAGGACUGUCGGUUACAGUGCACUUCUUGGACGACACUCAGCAUGCAUUUCAUCUAGAGAAAAAGUCCAAGGGGAGCGUACUGUUGGACCAAGUGCAUCAGCACCUCGAGCUGGUCGAGAAAGACUACUUCGGGCUGCAGUUUUACGAGGACGACAGCAACAAACCCGAAUUUAUCAGAUGGUUGGACCCUCUGAAACCAAUCAAAAAGCAGCUUAAUGGCAGCCAGACUAAGUUAUUCUUUAGGGUUAAGUUCUAUGUUUCGGAUCCAAGCAAAUUAUUGGAGGAAUACACGAGAUAUCAGUUCUGUUUACAGUUGAAACAGGAUAUUUUAGAGGAGAGGCUCAUUUUGCCCGCCAGUAGUGCCAUAUUGCUGUCCAGUUACACAGUGCAGGCCGAACUGGGCGAUUAUCAGCCUGAAGAACAUGGUCCAGAUUAUUUGUCUAAUUUGGUCCUAUUGCCAAAUCAGAACAAAGAUAUCGAGCUUAAAAUAUGUGAAUUACAUCAGUCUUUAAAGGGUUUAUCACCGGCAGAGGCGGAAAUAGGUUUUUUGAAUUACGUGAAAAGACUGGAUAUGUAUGGGGUUGAGCUACACAAAGCCAAGGAUAGUUCAAAUAGAGAUAUACAGUUGGGGGUUACGCAUUUGGGACUGGUUGUCUUUUUGAACAGCGUCCGAAUAAAUCUGUUUUCGUGGUCCAAAAUAAUGCAAAUAUCGUUUAAACGAAAGCAAUUUUUUAUCAGGCUCAUAAAGGAACCUUCCGAGAGCUACGACACUCUAUUGGGAUUCAACAUGAAUUCCUAUAGGACUUCGAAAGUCCUAUGGAAAUCGUGCGUAGAGCACCACACCUUUUUCCGUUUGCAUUCCCCGCGUGUUAAAAGAAAAUUUCCUCUGUCUCUGGGGUCAAAGUUCACCUACUCGGGCAGAACCGAGUUUCAAACGGUUUCCGAGGUGAAACAGCGCGGGAAGUUGGAGCGAAAGUUCGUGAGAUCGCCCAGCAAAAUCGUGAGACAAACUGUGCCGGCUCCAGCUUUGGAGGUUAAAGGGAAAGUUUCGGUGGUUCCCCCAAGGCCUCCGAGGCCGUACGACAACAAGGUCACUUCUUUGGGCACAAAGGAGCCGAAAAAAGCAUGGACCGAGGAUUCGCAUAUGUCAGAUGACGACGGUGGGUUUUUGGAGCGGACCCUAGAGGGUCCCUUCAUGCCCGGCAUAGCCAACCGGGUGAUAAGCUACGCGGACGAGGAGCCUUCCCCCACCACUCCCAACGAGCUGUACGACACGCCCCCUUACAGCCUGAGCCACUCGCCGACGUCGCAGCAGUGCGACGUUGCCGCCACGACCAUCGUUCUAGAGCUGGACGGCGGCGAGAUGUACGGAUUUAUCAUUUCGGGUGGAUCUGACAGAAACUUGCCGAUAAAAAUAUCGCGCAUUGUUGCCGAUACUCCGGCGGAUAAGUGCACGCCGAAAUUGAACGUGGGCGACGUUUUGUUGCAAAUAAAUGAGCACGAAUGCACUGGCGCCCUCUAUGACGAAGCUUGCUCGUACAUCAGAGAAGCCAGAAAACAGAAUGAAGGGCGCCUCACUCUGGUGGUGAAGCAGUUCGCCUCCGCGCACCCGGAGCAGGGCGCGGCGGGGGUUCCCGAGCCCUACUACCUGUACGUGCCGGCCGGAAGUGACGUCAGCCCGUCGUCGCCCAGCGACGCGUUGCAGAUGUCGAUACAUCUGCUGGCGGACGGGCUCGAGAGCGGCCACCAGGUGAACCAGUACGAGAUGCUGCCCCGGAAGCACCCGGACCUGGCCUGCGACGAGUCCGCCAAGCCGAAGAACGUCAACAAGAACCGCUACAGGGAUAUUUCCCCUUAUGACACCACUCGCGUGGUGCUAAAAAACGCCCCCAGCGGGGACUACAUCAACGCCAACUACGUAAACAUGGCGAUACCGCACACGGAAAUCGUGAACCGUUACAUCGCCACUCAAGGCCCGCUGCAAACCACCACCGAAGACUUUUGGCAGAUGAUUUUGGAGAACAAUUGCAACCUCAUCGUCAUGCUCACGACGCUGGUCGAAAGAGGGAGACCGAAGUGUCACCAGUAUUGGCCGGGGGUGGAAGAGGUGCUAACCAUGCAAAAUAUCAUCGUAAAAGGGGAAGCUGAGGAGGACGACCCUUCUGGCAGUUUCGUCUUUAGGGAUUUCACCCUACAAGACGUUAAGAACAAGUCCGAGAAAAAAAUCAAGCACAUGCAGUACACUGCAUGGCCUGAUCAUGGAGUACCGGAUUCACCCACCCAGUUUCUCAUAUUCACGAAAAAGAUGAUGGAAUGUAGGGCCGACGAUGCGCCGGUAAUCGUCCAUUGUAGCGCCGGCAUCGGCCGUACGGGCGUCCUGGUCCUAAUGGAGACCGCUCUUUGUCUAAUGGAAAACGCCGAGCCCGUUUACCCCUUGGAAAUCGUGAAAAACAUGCGCGACCAGCGCGCCAUGAUGAUCCAGAACGCU